CAAAUCGAGCGAUAGACAGUAUCACUACCAGUAACCAUGACGGACUCAAGAAGGCGCUCGUUUGUGCCUCCGACUUCCGCGGGGCUCCCUCCUAUUCGACCUGCUCCGGAGCUAUUGCGAUCUUGGUCGCAGCGAACCGAGAAACUGUGCCAGGUAAAGCCCAGUUUGAUCAGCCGCCACUUGUCGACCGAAGUGGCUGAUCGGCAUCCGGGUGAUUGGCAGAAUGUGUACCUGCAAAAACUCAAAGAGUUAUAUCAACAACAGAUUGGCUGUGAUGUGGCCUUUCAGGUGGGUGGGGAUGAAGCAAUCGUCAAGGCCCAUCGGAUUCUACUCGAGAUUCAUCGUGUCACUAUUGUGGAGCCAAACAACAACAGCGACGAUAGCCAACAGCAGCAGCAAUGGAUAAAAGUACAAGAUGACUUUUUCAAGCAUCACCCGAACGAGUUGCGUGCCGUGGUGGCGGCCUGCUAUGGAUUCUUGUUGGAUCCUCGCAUGAGCGAUGCGAUUGUGCAGGGAGGGAGGGACGAUUGUCUCCAAGGCAUCCCACAGAGCCCUCGCUUGCUACUCAAAGGGAUUGCACAGUAUCUGUGUGGCAGUCCGUCUGAUUGGCACGAAUCUCCGCAAGCGACAACACGAGAACGGGUCAAGAUUAUGGCCAGCCCGGGAGCAAGUCCCGACACGGAACUGGAAUGGAGUAUUCGAGGCCACGCGGCGUUGCUCUGUGCCCAGUCGGAUCUUUUUUGUCAAGUACUCAUGUCGGAUAGUCCCGAAGAGGCACCCCCCACUGAUGCCGAUCAAGAACAGGGGUACAGUCUCCCCUUUUAUAUUGUCCGUGUCGAUUCCUCCAAAUUCACCAAGGAUUUGAUGCAAGAACUGGUCGCCAGCUGCUAUGCCGCAUCCACCACCAUGACGGCCAAUAGCGAAUUAUCGGUCGAAUCCAUUUUAUAUUUGAUCGAAGGCGCCGCUCAUUUUGGAAUCAAGGCGGCAUCGUUGCAGUGUGAGGGGGCACUCGCCAAGCGCAUUGAUCCGUCCAAUUUGGCAGACAUGUUUCAGUUUGCCCGAGCCCAUGAUGCACAGCGGUUGCGCCUCGAUUGUCACAAGUAUUUAUGUCGCAACCUAUUGUCCAUUGCGAAAGCGGGAGACGAUAUUGUGUCCAAACAAGAUCGGGAGCAACUCCACGACAUGCUUCAAUCGGAUCAUGUGGAUGCAUCCGAACAGGAAAUUCUAGACAUGAUGUGGCGGUGGUGGCACCUCAACACAACAUCCAUAUCCGAGGAAGAUGCCAAGGAACUCUUUGCACUGGUACGACUCGCGUUUGUACCGUCGGAUUCCGAAAUCGUCCAACAGUUGGUGGAGAAAAAUUUGGUAGACGAAGAGACUUUGCGGCUGUGUCGGCAAUUCCAAACCGACGAGGUAUUUCGAGAAAAAAAGAUUCAUACCGAACCCAUGUACACGCCUCGUCAAAUCGAAGCCGACGAGUGGAAGUCGUCGUCCACGCACUCGCAAAACAGCUCAUGGGCGCCACCGAAUUUUGACAUGACUGCCAUGAACGCCAAUCUUCCCUCAUAAGCAAUGAAUCAAGCACAAUCCACAUUCUCACCGUCGCUUGCGAUUGUGGCAGACAUUCAUUGUGAAGUGUGCCGCCUGCUGGGCAGAAGCAUAAUAAUACAGAGAUCUAUGUCAUCUAUAUCUCUGUGCGAUUGAUUGGUAAUGGAAUGAUCUGCUGCAGCCCGGGUCCAAAAUGAGAAACCAAGAGGCUCGGACGACAACCACCCCUAUCAAACCGGCGCUCUACCGCUUUGCGGCGAGAACUCGUGCUGGAUGAAUCACACUUCCAUUCUUGGAAACGCUCGAAAUCGACCAAGUACACGAAAUUCUGGCUGAGGAUGCCGAGGCUGGAUGGCUCGACUCGGCUCUCUGCGGCUACCUAGCUAGAACCAAGUACCGAUAGCCACCAAUGCCAUGCUUUCAGGCCGUGUUGCUACUGCGUCGCAUCCAGCUAAGCAUUCAGGUAUGCUCUA